ACGCAGAGGUAACGUUAACACCGUAUUAAAACAACAUAUUAGUGCCUUGUUAGCUUUUUUGUCUAGAACUAUUUAGAAAGUCACCGUUUAUUUAUUUUUUUUUUUUAUGCAAAAGUUGCAUUACACAGUAUUGUUUUUUCCCCCAGCGUAGCUUGGAACAGAAAUCUUCGCCAACCGUAAUAAUACCUAAACUUUAAAGUAGUUGUAACAGUGCGCGGGUCGAUUGUGACGAUAAAUCUACCUACGAGGUUAAAGAAAGCCAAUUGCCACGAGAGAUAGCCGUCGGUUAUUACAUAUAUCACAGCAAUGUAGCAUGGCAACGCCUCAUUAUAGUAUUUAGAUGUCAAGGCAGAGAAGUCCCUCAUCUUCCUCAGGAGGCCAGCCCUCAAAAAGACACCGUCGUCAAUCAAUCUCAGAGAAAAAAACCGUAUCAAACAAAAACAUGGAGUCUGUGAGGAGUGCUUUUCACGCACAACUGGCCACCGUUAUGGACUCUCUUCUGGCAGCCGCUGUGUGCGAGAUAGCCAAGAUCUUUGAGAACAGCCUGUGCGAACAACAGGCAGAACUGGCACAGAAAACACAAGAGAUCUCCAUCCUCCGGUGCAAGCUGGAGAAAGUGGAGAGGAGGCAGAAAGUGAAGGGUGGAAGAGGCGAGGAAGGAGAAAUGUCAUCAGGGAUCGCAGAGGGCAGCACGAAUCAACAGACCGUAUCAGGAUCAGAGCCAGCAGAAGGACUUAACCGGAGCCUCAGCAGGCUGAAAGAGGAGGUAACAAGUCAGGAUGGAUCUUCUAUAAAACAUGAGCAUGGAGGAUCUAAAUCUACACAGGAAUCUUUCUCAGUCCAAGAUACAGAAGGAAACCUUGCUGCUGGAGACCAGAGGCGGAUCGAUGGCCUGUCUGCUACGCAAACCAAAACCAAAUUGUCCAACUGGAAUCAGAGUAGUUGCAGCGCAGACCACAGAUCCAUCCAGGAUCAACCCUCCACCCCCUUUCUCUCCAUCUCCCAGAGUGGACGUUGCUCUCCUAGACCUGAUCCCAGCCUCCCUCAACCAGGAGAGUGGUUACCAGGGCUGGAUACCACUCGAAAUGGGGUAGCAGAUCUGGAGAACCAUCAGGCAGAUGGAGAUGGUUGCUCAGCUCCAGCGAGCAGCAGCACUGGCACAGAUCCAUCCUGUUUCCAACCUGGCUUUGGAUCAGAUGAGACAAGCAAUGAAGAUGAUAACUCAUUCUCUUUCUUGAACCAGGAUCCUGAAAACCAAAGCUCUUGUCAGAACUCAGUGCAUGGUCACGAUAUGGGACUGAGGGAUACCCAGCAGGAUCAAUCACAAACCCCCUCUGAUGUCUCGCCAUGGCGAACCAGAGACGAUGGAGGUGUGAGAGACUGCAUCAGUCACACACGAAGAGUGACAAAUUUUGGCAACAGAAACCCUCUGCGUCCACAGUCAAAUUCACAAUCACUUGCUCUACGAAACAUAAAUGCCCUUGGUCACCCUCCAGCUCUCACUGGAGGUAAUGGACGACCUUACACCUGCCCAUACUGCACUAAGUGUUUCACCUACCCCUCCCAUCAGCGCAGGCACCUUUUACGCCACACAGGAGUCAGACUUCAUCCCUGUCAGUUUUGUGAUAAGAGCUUCCUCACUCCAUCUGAGCUCACUGUGCACACUCGCACACACACAGGGGAGCGGCCUUUUGGCUGUGCUCAGUGUGGCAAACGUUUUGCCCGCAGUGGCAACUUGAGAGCCCACCAGAGGGAUGUUCACAUGGGGAAGAGACCCUUUGCUUGCACAGAGUGUGGAAAGAGAUUUGCCCAUAGAGGGAACCUGAGGGUGCACAAUCAUAGAGUCCAUCAAGGCGAUCCCUACUACAUAGAUGAUCAGCCUGAGCCUGACAUAGGCCCCAGUCCCAUUUAAAAAAAAUAGUUUAAUUUUGUUCUUAAACUAAAUCCUCUGAACAUAAUUUAUUACUGAGCACUUUAACCAGUUCGGAAGGAUUUUAGUUGUUUUUGGUGUGAAAUUUGAUCAAGUGAUCCAAAUCUUUUAAUGUACAAGUAAAGAAAUUGGACUGUCUUCAGUUUAUUUAGUUUGGGUCAUGAUAAGAAUAGUAGGUCUCUAAAACAAAUGUCUCCAGUGUAUUGUAAAAUGGUCAUAGUAAUUAAUCUGUGAAUUAUCCAUGAAUAGCAAGUGUUGUUAUGAAAAACGUGAUUACUUUAACUUCCAGCGAUGUUCUUCUCUAUAUUUGAAAAGUCAUUAUACUUAUUUGCGUUACUUAAAGUGACAGAACUACAAAGUUCUUGUUUCUGUAGAGUGUCAAUGGUUUUAGAUUUAGAUGUGGUAUGCAGGCGUAGAAUAGAGCGUCGCUUACAUCAAAGUUGUGCUUAAAAUCUCAGCAAAACUUUAUUUUGACUGUAUUGUUAAAUGCAAGUACAUUAAAGGAGACUGUGCUUUUUUGCAUCCUGUUUCUGAAAAGUGAAAUAAAAAUGAUUGUAAAACCCA